UUCUUCUUCAUCAGUAUCUGUUGAUCCUAAACACACCAUUGAUACAGUUAUGAUAGUCUUCGUAGACACUACGCAUGGCUCUACUUUCUACAUCGAACUGAAUCUCAACGAUAAAGUCUUAGAUAUCAAAAACAAGAUCGAGAAGUCUCAAGGCAUCCCUGUUCCCAAGCAAAAGCUUUACUACAAAGGCGAGCCUCUUCUUAUCGAUGAUCUUGAUCUCAAUGCAUGUAACAUCGUCACAAACUCUCGCCUCCUUCUCGCCUUGCCUUAUCAAGAAGACAACAAUCAAGUACUGCUUCAGCCAACAGAGCAACCCCUAGCUCCGUCAACGUCGGUUCAAGAUUCGCUCGGACAGUUUCAAGAUUGGACUGCAACGGCGAGGAGCAUCUCCCGUAAGAUGCUUGAUCAACCGGAGCAAUCUCUGGCACGGUCUGCGAUGGCGGCGAGACACGACAAGAAUCAAGAUUUGCUUCAAAGUGAGCCGUCUUCUACGUCAAACACGUUCGGAGAGGAUCUUCCUUUGCCAACAGAACUCUUCAGUAACAUUGGAAGUCACUGGCCCGCGAGUACAACCGAGAGGAGCGUCGACAACAGUAACGUGUUUGGCACGGAACAGUCUACAAUACCGUCAUACACAUUCGGAGAGGAUCUUCCUUUGCCAGCAGAUUUUUUCAGUAACAUUGAAAGUCACUGGCCCGCGAGUACAACCGAGAAGAGCAUCGACAACAGUAACGUGUUUGGCACGGAACAGUCUACAAUACCGUCAUACACAUUUGGAGAAGUAUUGUUCGAUGAGGAUCCUCCUUUGCCAGCAGAUUUUUUCAGUAACAUUGGAAGCCACUUGCCUGGGAGUACAACCGAGAUGAGCACCGACUUCAGUAACGUGUUUCACACGGGACAGUCUACAAUACCGUCCAACACAUUUGGAGACUUAUUGUUCGCCGAAGAUAUCUUCAUCAGCAAGGAACAAGUGUUUCAAACAGAGCAGCCUCCAGUACCAUCUAACUCAACAGAACAGAGGACCAACGCUCAAACAAAAGAGGUCAUUAACGUUCCAGAUUCGCCUGUGAAGCCGAGGAGGUUCAGAAGGCCACCGCAGAGACUGAGAGUAAUGGUGUUGCCACAUUCACCUGAUGAUGAACCUGUGAGUAAGGUUCCAGUGAGUGUGAUGGCUAAUGAGAACGUUGAGGAGCUAAGGAAAAAGCUGGAGAAGCUUCGAGAGGGGAAUGAGUUGAAGCUACCUGAAAAAGGGUACUUCUUUAUACACAAACAGAACGUGUUGGACGAUGACCGGUCAUUCCUCUGGAACCAUGUAGCUCACGGUGACACGAUUGAGAUUUUUCCAGGACAUGUUACCAAAGACGGCCGUAAAUUUGGUCUUUAACUGCGUGCAGUCUCUCCUCUUUCCCCUUAAUAGCUUUUUAUUUGUAGUUUGUUUGAACACUUGGAGUUCUGUGUUGA